AUGUUUUGUUCUUACAAUAUUUCUUUUCCCCCACCUUUGAUAAGAUGUUGUUUAAUUUGCUUAUCAUUUAAAAUAGCCUUAUAAGCAAAUGGGGUUUAUUUGUUUUAAAGCAAUGAGGGUCCUUUUGUAAGAAGGGAAUAGGAAGACAUCUAGUUUCCUCUGUGAGUUUGAUUCUUUGCUGUGUCUCUUGUCACUAAUCAGAUUAUCAAAAUCAGCUUCAUUGUGUUUUUUCCCUUCUGCAGGCUUCCAUGUAGCAUCAGGUCAGUUGUAUGGAAGUACUUUGAAAAAAGUGCUCCCUUGAGAAAUGUAAAGACUGUUUUAGUUUCCUAAAGAAAGUAUGUUUAAAAAAAAAAAAAAAAACCAACAGAAUUGCUAGUAGAUGUCUGUGUAGCCUUUACUGCUUGCUUUUACUUCUGGAGAACAACUGAAGAUAAUCUGUAUUUAUGUACAAACAGAAUGUAUGUAUUUGCUUUUGUUUUGACAGUCUGAUUUUCGCCAUCUUGCUUGUGUGUAGGUCUCAGGCUUCUUUGAACUGGGAUAUUUGGCAGUGACUAGUUUGCUGUAUAGUUAUUAAUAUUACAUAGCAAAAAAUUGGGGUUUUUUUAUUGCUUCAUUGAUUCACUAUAAAUGUCCUGGAUAUUCUAAAUGAAAAGUAGAUUUUUCACAAGUUCAAAACAUCUUUUUAGAUUACAGUGUGAAGAGUGAUCCUGAAGAAAAGCUGUGAAUUAAAAUUGUCAUUAUUUAUUUCAGCAAUUGCCUGAUUUUUUUCUUGUUUGUUUUUUAGUAUAAAUGUCCUUAAUGGACAGACCAGCAAUAUGGAUGAUUUAGAGACAAAUACUGGAGUCACUGGUGCUAAAGAAGAAGAAAUCCUAUGUGAUGAUAAUUUUGUAUCGGAGGAAGAAGGUGGCAUUCCCAAACCAGAAGAGAGUGACACAUCAUUUCAGAACAACACAUUGACUCUGACUGAGGAGCUAUCAAGGGACAGAUCUGAAAAAGCCUUAAGUGGAGGCCAGGCUUCUCUAUUUAUACACACUGGUGCUCCUACUGUUUCUAGUGAAAACUUUAUGUUGUCUAGAGGAACUGCUGUUAAUGGACCAGUUUCACACUCCACCUCAACAAAGACUUCCAUUAUGAAUAAAGGCAGCGUUUCAUUAACCACUGGACAGCCUGGAGGUCAUCUUGCAGAUUCCUGCUCAACUUUGACAGUGGUUCAUGAUCUUCAGCUGCCUGCAAAGAGUACAACACAGAAAUCCAAUCAGCACCAAGUUUUAUUUUUGUUACCUGAUGUAGCACAUGCUAAGAACCUGACUCAUUCCAUUAAAAAUCUACCUACCUCUGCUUCAGUUGGUUGUGAUUCACAGAAAACAGUAGGAAAUAGUGUAGAUAGCACUUUAGUAGACCAAGUAGAAGUUUGUGAGGAUGAUAAAAAUUUACUAUUGAAAGACGAUUGUGUCGAUACAUUAACAAGCAUUUCCUCAGGUACAGGUGGCUUCAGAUCAGGAUGUGAUCCCAGCUGGGAUCCACAGAAAGAGUUUAUACAGUUUCUUAUGACUAAUGAAGAAACAGUAGAGAAGUCUCCCAUUCACUGUAAGGUAGGGCUAGAAAAAAAGCGAAAAAGAAAAAUGGAUGUUAGUAAAAUAACACGCUAUACUGAAGACUGUUUUGAUGAUACCAGUUGUAUUCCUAGUAAAUCAAAACUAUUAAAUGUUGAAUUCUUAGAGCAGAAUGAGGAGCUACAAAUAGUAGAACCGCAGAAAUAUUCGUUGAGUAAAGUAAAGCCUGAAUCCACAGAUGAAGAGCUGGAAACUGUUGAUGGUAUCCAGCAGCUCAUUUAUAGUCCCACUAGUAACUGUGCAGAAGAUACUUCUCCUGUUCACACUAGCACUUUUCUAUCCAAUACAUUGAAAAACAAAUGUGAAGAGAAUGAUUCUGAACCACCAUCUACUUUCAGUACUGAUGAACCAUCAUUUUAUCCCUGUACAAAGUGCAAUGUGAAUUUUAGAGAGAAGAAGCAUCUGCAUAGGCAUAUGAUGUACCAUUUAGAUGGGAACAGUCAUUUCCGGCAUCUGAACGUCCCCAGGCCCUAUGCGUGUAGGGAGUGUGGAAGGACAUUCCGAGAUCGUAAUUCCCUUCUUAAACAUAUGAUAAUUCACCAGGAAAGAAGGCAGAAACUGAUGGAAGAAAUCCGUGAGCUGAAAGAACUUCAGGAUGAGGGUAGGAGUGCACGGUUACAAUGCCCACAGUGUGUAUUUGGUACCAAUUGUCCCAAAACGUUUGUGCAGCAUGCAAAGACCCAUGAAAAAGAUAAAAGAUAUUACUGUUGUGAGGAAUGCAAUUUCAUGGCUGUGACAGAGAAUGAACUGGAAUGCCAUCGAGGGAUCGCUCAUGGAGCAGUAGUCAAAUGUUCGAUUAUUGGUAGCGACUUGUCCCAGAGAAAAACUCAGAAAAAGGCGUCCUUGAAAAGUCCUUUUUUAGGAUCCUCAAGAAAGUCAUCGACGUAUAUGUGUAAGCUGUGUCCGUUUGCUACUUCAGCUAGAAGCGUUUUAAAAAAACACAUGGCAUACUUGCAUUCAGCAUCAUGCCUUGAUCCCUUUGGUAGCCAUCUUAGACUAGAGAAAAGAAAAGGCAGUAUAAUAGAAGAAUCUUUAGAUUUUCGUAGCAGGACAAAACAGUUGAUCAGACAUUCUUCUACUUUUCCAAAGAACUCUGCUUUAAAACAGGAUGUAAAAAGAUCGUUUGGCUCUACUUCACAAUCCAGUAACUUCGCAAAACUUCACAAGAGACCCUACAGGAUACAGAAGGCUCGGAAAAGCGUUUCACAGUCAUCUAAACUAAACUCUGCUGAAAAAAAAGACAGCUAUGAAACGGAGGAUGAAAGUUCAUGGGAUAAUGUUGAACUAUGUGAUUACACUACACAGUCUGUGGAGGAUGAAUCUUACAGUGAUAUUAAUCAGGAGCAUGUAAACCUAUUCCCCAUAUUCAAAGGUAAAAUGGAAGAUAAUGAAGCUGGUGAUAAAUCUUCACUUGGUUAUGAGCAGAAUGAUGGCUUUUAUUUUGAGUAUUACGAAGAUGCUGAGGGUGGUAACUUCUUGCAUGACUUGCAUGAUCCUCAGAAUUUAGAAAAUGUAGGAUCAGCAUUGCCAAAGCAUAAUUCAGUUUUCCACUGGACUGAUUUGUCGCUUGAAAAGAAAUCGUGCCCAUACUGUCCAGCAACCUUUGAAACAGGUGUUGGCUUGUCCAAUCAUGUCAGAGGACAUCUUCACAGAGCUGGACUAAGCUAUGAAGCCCGUCAUGUUGUUUCACCAGAACAGAUAGCAACAAGUGACAAAAUGCAGCAUUUUAAAAGAGCUGGAACAGGGACUCCAGUUAAACGUGUUAGAAAAGCGAUUGAGAAAUCUGAAACUUCCUCUGAACAUACAUGUCAGCUCUGUGGUGGCUGGUUCGAUACUAAAAUUGGAUUGUCUAAUCAUGUGCGAGGACACCUGAAGAGGCUUGGCAAAACCAAGUGGGACGCACACAAGUCUCCCAUCUGUGUUCUGAAUGAGAUGAUGCAAAAUGAAGAGAAGUAUGAAAAAAUCCUAAAGGCUUUGAACAGUCGCCGCAUUAUUCCCAGACCAUUUGUUGCUCAGAAAUUUGCAUCAAAUGAUGACUUUUUAUCUCAGAAUGUUAUACCUCUUGAAGCAUACCAUAAUGGCUUAAAGACUGAAGAUAUAUCUGUGUCUGCAUCAGAGGAAGAAGGGCUGAGUUUCCUAAAUGAAUGUGAUGAAACAAAAGCAGUACUACAUGAUGAAAAAAGAAAUCAGUCACUUACACUGAUAGAACUCCUGAAAAACAAGAGGUUAGGAGAAGAAAGGAAUCCUGAUAUUUCCCCUCAAAAGAUUCAUAAUCAAACUGCAAGAAAGAGGUUUGUUCAGAAAUGUGUUCUUCCAUUAAAUGAAGACAGUCCAUUGAUAUAUCAGCCACAAAAAAUGGACUUGACUAUGCAGUCAGGUAUGCCUGUGAAGCUUAGAACGUGUGUGCAUUGCAAUACGACGUUUACAAGUGCUGUUAGCCUGUCCAACCACUUACGCGCUUAUGCACGAAAGAAGAGUGCUGGACUUUUGACUGGGACAGCUUUAGACUGUAAACAAAAGAAGUCAAGGUCAAGAUCUGGAAGCAAGAAGAAAAUGCUGCCGUUACCUCAUAGUGCUGAUGAAGUUUACAUACUCAGAUGCAGGUUCUGUGGUCUGGUCUUUCGAGGACCUUUGUCUGUUCAAGAAGACUGGAUAAAGCACUUGCAGCGACACAUUGUCAACGCAAAUCUUCCACGGACUGGAGCUGGCAUGGUUGAGGUCACAUCACUACUUAAAAAGCCUGCUUCAAUUACUGAAACUUCAUUUUCUUUACUGAUGGCAGAAGCAGCAUCAUAGAACACAGAAACAUUUUAAAUUUUAAUUGGAUGUAAAUUUGAAAUACUUCAUCAUUUUUUAAAGUAAAUGGCUACACUAAAUUAUGUUUAUAAAUGCUAAAGACAGAAAAUAGAGGAAGUGGAUUACAGUAACAUCAAAUAAAUUGAAUACUUAACAGUUACAGUAAGUAGUCUUUAUAUUUUAUAUAGGGUGGAAGAUGUGUUUUUAAGGUUUAUUAUGUUUUUGUCAGUUACUGUGUUCACUAUCAAUACAAGACCAUUAUAUGUAUGGCAGCCAUUUUUAAAUUGUUGCACAUGGGUACGUAAAGGACAGAUUUUAAUAAAACAAAGAAACCACGUUCUCUUCAGUGUUACCCAAAUCAAGGUUCUGUUUAUUCCAAAAAAGAGUUACAUAGUAAAAUAAGAUACUAUUAUAUUUUGUUUGUAUGUAUGUAGUGUUUUGUAUAAUACCAAGAACUGCUAAUACAAUUUACUCAACUUAGGGCAUUAAAUACCAUGUACUUCAUAGUUCAAGAGACUGUUUUGUUCAAAUAGGGCAAUUAGUACUAUUCUAUCUAGGUGUGUAAGUGUUUUUUUAAAUCACAUGAGGCUUUUUGUAUUAAAAAGUGGAGGGAAACUUGUUUAAACAAAUUUCUAAGAGAAAUAUGUACAUAAUACUGGAAAUUUGUGGUAAGGAAAUAUUCUUUACUUCAGUUGCAUUUCUCACUGACAAUAAAGUGGUGCAUCCAUGCUACCUCCUACUUGUCAACAAAGAUGGUAUUUACCCUUAUGUUUUUGUAUCAUAGUAGAUUCAAUCCAACUUUCCUUAUUACAAAGCAUCUUUUUGUUAACAAGUUUGUUACUUUUAUGACAAUUUACUUAAAGUCUGACUUGCUUACAGAAGUUUGCCUCUACUAUUUUAUUUAACACUGUAGAAAUGUACUAAUAAGCAUUGCUCACUACACGGUUAGAGUAGGCUUUUCAUUUAUAAUUCUGUUUAAAAGAUUGAUCAUUUUAGAAAAUUCAAACACAGAUUGAAAUGUUUCCACAUAUGAAGAGAAUGUUUACAACUUAAAUUUUAGAGCUUGUUUUGGAUGUGAUUAUAUGUAUGAAAACUGUAACACUAUGCUCAUGCUAAGGACCUACUUACAGAAUUAUUGAAAUAAAUGUGCUGUGAGGAUGGAAAUAUGGUGCAGGUGUCUUGGUCAUGAUAAAUUGUGUUUGUUCAUUUAAACUGUCUUCAGAACAUGAUUUUUUGUUUAAAUCAAAUUAGAUUCCUCUACAAAUCAAUUUUGUAUGCAAGUAACAUUUCAUUUUACUCAUAUAGGGUAACAGAUACUGUAGUUAAGCCAAGGAUAUGCAUUGAUAUUUUCUUUAUAUGUAAAUAAAGUUAAAAGCAGUUAAAGCAAGAGGAGUAUUUUGGUAGAGUAUAUACAUACCUCACUGCCAGUGAAAUUGCUUUCCUAUGGUAUAUCUCCUUACCAGAAAAAUCUCUAAAUAAAAAGGUUUAAAGAAAAUCUAAAUGUCUAUAAUGUGAAGCAUUUAUUUGCAUUGUGUGAAUUAAGUUUGUGGAAUUGAUUUGUCUUGCUUGAGGUUAGAAUCUUCUCAUGAUCUUAAGUAAAAGUAUAUUUACUUGCAAUAAACUGAAUUGUUCACAGAUGCAUUACAUUUGAUUGGUGGAAAGUAUGAAUAAAUGUCUGUCUUCCUGGAUGCACAGAGUUCAGAGUUAACACACGAGGCUUGUUAAUGUUCUGAUAGAAUAGAUGGGCUAAAAAUGCACAGCUGUGCAAGAUAGAGGCUUCAGACAAGGCUAUCCUAGCUCUGUCAAGGCUGUCAUUAAAUUAGUGGUGUCAGGUGUUUAACUGUACAAAUUGAUACAGUUAAUUUUAGCUUUCUUGUUGAAAUUUAUUCUCUUGUAAGUGGAAAAUCUACAUCAUUACAUUUAAAGGCUGGAGGAAUAAAUACUUUAGAGAUUUUAGAAAAGAUAACUGGGAAUAGCUGAAGUGUAUUGCAGACAAAUAGUGUUUGCAGACUUAUAAAUUUCUGAAUUUGUGAAUACUUGUGGAGCUUUUUUUAUACGAUGUGAAAACUGAAGAUUUAAAGCAGUGUGUUGAAACAGAAUAGAGGGAAGUGAUCACAUCACCUUGAAUGUUUAUAAUGCUUUAAUAGAGUGCUUGUUUACCCUUCUCACCAAAAAAGGUGCUUGUGAGAGCACCAUAUUUUAUGGCUGUUUAGCAAAUGAAAAAAUCAAUUAAGUGCAAAUGAUAUUUAUCUAGUGUUGUUAAGAAUGCUUGUAAGGUGAAGCCAUACUGUGCAGAAUUUUGCGUUAGCAAAAGACUCUUACUAGAUUCAUAAAAAUAAUUUUUAAAACCCUAGUUAAUUCUAUUUAAUUAAUUAAGCCCCAAUUAUGUAAUACUAAAAUAAAAAUGCAAGGUUGCGUCUGAAGAGCUGUGAGCUCUAGGGCUGAUCAGUUUCCAAAAUGAGGUUCUAUUGAUGAAGAACAGUUUUCAGUGACAGGCUGUGUUCGCUGCUGGCAUCAGAUCCUUGUGGUAUAGUUCAAAAAAUAUGUAGGAGUUUUAGAACUCUUCUGAUCAUUAAAUUAAUUGUAUAUGUGGUUGAUACAGGCUGAAUAAUCUUAAAAAAAAAAAAAAGACUACUAUUAGUUGUCCUUAGCCUCUAGUCCUCAAGUGGGGCUAUUUGUUUUCCUGGUUUCUGUUGUGCGAAGAUACAGAUAUUUUUUACCAUUAUCUACAAGGAACUAUAAAUCCCCCUCUCUGGAGUUACCAAAAUUCUAGAUAAUGUAUUAAAAGAGGGUAAAUUAAAUCGAUCACCUUUUGAUGCCAGUCUGAUGUUAUGUGGCUUGAGGGGCUCUGUGGCAGUCUGUGCUAAAGGGCUGGACUUCCAGAGCUGCUCAUCUAUACACCACUUUGGUUGUUCAGGUUGGCUUUGGUUACUUUGGGGUAAAAGCUGCAGUGGCACAGUGAUUUCUGUUGGCAUGAUUUUGGUUCUUUAUCACAGUCCUACUUGUUUCUGAAGUUAUCCUAGUAUCUGGUAAAGGUCUCUUUAGUAGUAGCCUCAGGAAAUUUGUACAAGACCACCCCCAUACACUUUUCAUAAGAUGAUGGCCUAUAUUCCCUAGUCCCAGUGAUAUUUCCAAAUCCUCUUCAAAAAGUAAAACUGCUUGCAUUCCUUGGAAAGGUGUUUCUGCAGAACCUUGGGCAGGUGGUCAAAGUGCCCUUGGUAGCUGCUGCCAAGGGGCAGUGUGUUCAGGCAUGGAAAAUGAGGGCGAGCAGACAGCACAUGUUGGGGCAUUGACUGCGGUUUGGGGGAGCUGGAUGAGGUGGGCUGCUCCCAGGGGCCGAGGGGGUCCAGCUCUGCCCUCAGAUCCAACUUCUUCCUCAGGGCUGGCCCUCUGCAGGCAGCAGUGUCAGGAAAUGGGUGCUCACCCCUCCCGCUGGGUCGGGGACUGAGUAGGUGCCGUAGCUGCUGGGGGGGAGCGAGCGCGGCCAGUCCUGGGGCUGUGGGCCUGCGCUCAUUCCUACUGUCUCAGCCAUGCUCAGGGAAAUCAGCAAGCUUUUUGAGGUAAGUGAUCACAGGAGAAACGUGAGUUACACACUGGGGCUCAGGGAAGAGCACCCAGAGUUUCUAAAGGUCAGUGUCACAGGAUGAGAUGGGAAGAUGCAAUGUUAUUUUGACUGUGAUGCUUUUCCUGGGCUAGUUAUGGUUCUAGGUUUCCUGCAGUGCUUUAAAGAGGGGUUAUGCAUUAAAUCUACCUGAUUCUGAAAACCUACAGAAGAUAAAUUGGGCUGAACAAAUGUGGAAAUACUAGCAGUGAAUAAUAAGGACUUGCUUUUAACUAAAUGGUUAUGGGCUGUGAACAAACCCUGUUUAGUUCAGCACUAUGGUUAACAGAAUUUUCCACUUUUUGUAACAGUAGUUAGUGGCCUGGAUAUUUAAACACCAGUCUCAUAUUUUAAAAAUUGAUUUAUAUAGUUUUGAGUUUGUUUAAAGAAAACUCCAGACUUUUUAGGGUGGUACUUACUUUAAAGAGCUGACUGCAUUAUGAUUUGAUAUUUCAAUCCACCGUGCUUUGUAGGUGCUGUUGCCUGAUUCAUGGGUAGCAAUUGUGAUGUAAUGGAAACAUUUGGCCGUAGUGCCAGGUUUGUAAUCUCUUGCAAUAAAAUGUUCCUUUCUAACA